ACCAUAAGCUCCUACAGGAGAGUCGAGCCAUGAAAUCUACGUGAGGAAGGUGCGCCGACUUCGCAGGAAAGUAAGUACUAUGGAAGUCCUUCACUCUAUGCACUCAAAUUCUGUUCCCUCCCUCAAGGUAGGUUCAUUCGACGAUAUGUAUUCCAUUACUCCAAACUAAUACCCACAAGAUUCUUGUCGCGCCAUAAGAUGUCAGCCAUACGAGACUUCGACGAUGACGAGUAUGUCGCCAAAUUACUGGCCGCAGACGCACGCAAAAGUUCACUCAAGUAUGCCACCAUGGGCAUGUCCGCAUUGGUACCAAAGAGGCCAGCCGGAGCAGCCCCGAAGCCAAACACUCGUUUUCUGAAAGCACUCGUCCGCGACGCCGACAGCCACAAUGCGGCUCUCAAGCAAAAGGAAGAACUCGAAGCGAAGAGCCGUCUGCGCAACAUCAGAAAAGCCGAGGGCUCACACGAGUCUCGACGAGAUCAUGGCCGUCACCACAGAGACAACGAGCGCCGCCAUGAGCGUGAAAGAGGCAGUGAUAGAAAAAGACGACGUCUGAGUACCGACGGUGAGGAACACAGGAGGACUCGGCACGAGAGAUCCGAGAGACACAGAACCUCAAGACGAAGUCGAAGUCCCGAACACCAGAGCCGUCCUAGUCGAGAACACCGACACAAAGAUGAGAAGAGGCGCGAUGAUAGCGACUCCGCAGCCGAAGACCGACAUCCUAGUCGAAGCCACAAUCACAAGAGCGCACGCCGAUCGACGUCCAGAUCCCGCGGCAGCGAAUCCAAAAGCAGACACUCCCCAGAAAACAAACCACAUAAUGAACACAGUGAUCGACGUCGAAGUCGAAGUCGAAGUCGAAGUCGAAGUCCUUCAGCAUCCUUAACAUCAUCCGACCCCCUCUCCUCCAUAAUCGGUCCCAAACCCACUGACCCCAACCUACGCAAGAAGGGCCGCGGUUUCCACCAUACCACCCAUAGUAACAUCGACACCCGAUUCUCCUCCACCUACGACCCCUCCCGCGACGUCGACCCAGAAGACCCCCCCUCCGACGAAGAAGCAGAUUGGGACAACGCACUCGAAGCUCUCCGCGACCGCCGCGCCUGGCGCACCAAACAAGCCGACCGAAUGCGCGAAGCAGGCUUCAAAGAAGACGAGAUCAAACGCUGGGAAACGACGACGACAUCUGCGAAGACGUCACGAAGCGGCGCAUUCGCGGACAGGGACAACGAAGGCGACCUCAAAAACGUCAAAUGGGCGAAAAAAGGCGAGCAACGGGAAUGGGAUGCCGGUAAAGUUUCGCCCGUUGGCCACUCAGAUCAGGACAGCGAUGACCUCGAUAACACACCUGGGAGACUUGGUGCUAGUAAGAAGCGAAGCCAAAUUCGUGUCAGCGCGAGCGCGAAUGGUAGCGCAAGCGGCAAGACUGCCACUGCAGCAAAAGGGAACGACGCUUGGAAAAGGCCCGAUAGUGCCCUACUGAAGCAAUUCCGCAAUGCACUUGGUUAA